CGUGUACGCCAUCAAACACCCACUUUCUCUUUACUUUAGUAGGACAUGUCAGAUAAAGCCAAUCACAAUCGUGCAGGUGAGCCGGGUGCAAAUGUGGGGCAGUAAACGUGUUGCACGAGCCAAGUUUUGACCCCAUGCCAACUUUAGCUCUGGCUAUUCUCGGCCUCCCCAGGGCGCGUCUUCCUCCCGUCUCCUGGUACAUAAGCAAGUAUCGCUUCACCUUGGAGGAAAGCCCCGACAUGAAGCCGGUGGAUGGUGGCUCCUUCGGUCGCCAUCACCACCACCAUUCGACCACCAUCGGCUCCCCCGUAGCAAUGCAUUUCCACCUCCUCGAGAUCACCAUCAUCUCCGGCCAGGGGCUCUUCCCCGCUUCCCGGUCCUUGCAGGCCUACGCGUCCGCAUGGGUCGACCCAAAGCACAAGCUCUACACCCGGGUGGACCGCGCCGGCAUCACCGACCCAACCUGGAACGACAAGUUCGUCUUCCGCGUCGACGACGCAUUCCUCCGCUCCGAGACCUCGGCCGUCAACGUGCACCUCCACGCCGCCCGCGGCCGCCUCAGCCCCCUCCGCGACCACCUCCUCGGCACCGUCCGCGUCGUCCUCAGCGCCCUCCGCCUAGCCCCCGGCGCCAGCCGCUGCGUGGCCCUCCAGGUGCGCCGCCCCUCCACGCUCUGCCCCCACGGCAUCCUCAACCUCGGCGUCGCCCUCCACGACUCCGACAAGAUCAUGCCGCUGUCCUUCGACCUCCAGUCCCUGGCGGCCUUCGCCUACAAAGACCUCAUCGGUGCGAAACAGGAGAAGUACAACAGCGACACGUCGCCGCCGGCCGACUGCGGCGAACCGCAGCUGGAGAGGACCGGAUCAGCGGAGACGGAAAGAGACGCAGAGGAGCGGGAGAGGGAGGAAUUGGAGACCAAACUGGAGACGUGGAAAGCUGAGAUGACGCCGGAACAUGAGACGGAAGACCAAUCAAGCAGCGUAGUCGGGAGAAAGAAGGGAAGGCGACGCAGUUGGAGGCUUUCUUGUUUCUCAUGCAGUGGGAAAGCGCAUGAAGAGAAGGCCCACGAGGCUAUUAUUCAAUAUAGUUAG